CCCCACCCAAUCUUCACAUUCAGAUGAGUGAUGAGUGAGAGGAUGUAGUGUCAGAAGAAGUGAUGAUUAUUUACCUUGCAAGAACCAAAUACGCUCUUUCAGAAACAAAAACAAAUCGCACAAAAAACUGCGACCACUUCCUAUCCUUUCUUUCCUACAGAUCAAAGAAAUCAGUAAAAGAAAUCAGUAAAGAGGAGAAAGAAAGUAGAGAGAAUCGCACAUUCCCUCACUCCGAGGGCGCCUUCUGUUUGUCCUCACAACACGUGAACUGCCAAUCCUCUUUUGGAUUUCAAUUCCAUUUUGCGACAUUGCCGCCUCUUCAUCAAUUUCCGUCUUCCCGUCGUCAAUGGAGUUUGCUGCCUGUUGAGUUAUCAGCUUAUGGAAUAUGGACUGCCAUUUAGAGGCUGAGAGAAUCUCAAGGGAUCAACAGAGGAAAACAUUGGGUGAUAAACUGGUGCUUGGUGAACCCAAAGUAGCUUCCGCUGACCUUCUUCAAGCUGACGCUUUAAAAAAUGUGGGCGUUGCUCCACCAAAAUUUGAAAAGGCAAGGAGAAAGAAGCAUAUUCAUGACAGUGAAGAGGUUGUUCGAUACAUGUCAAAUUUGCCAAGCUAUCUGGAAAGAGGAAAGUUCCAUCAAGAGAAAGCCUUUAAUGUCGGGGUCCUUGAAUGGAACCGUCUAGAAACGUGGCAAAAAAAACACAACCAACAAAUUCCCUGUAAGAUUAGUUCAAAGAUUAUCCAACCUUCGGUUGAGAAGGUAGACACUACUCCUAAGGAAUUUAAUAAAGAUACAAAGUUGCAUGAUUUUAUUAUUAAGAACAGAAAGUCGCAAGAUAUUAAGGAUAAUAACUGCACAAUUUCCAUGACAAAAGGAAUGGUGGCGACUUUCAAUGGGAAAAAUAUAAAGGAAAAUGCAGAAGCUGCUACUGAAGUAAGAAAUCCUUCUCCAACUCCUCCUAAAGCCAAUACCAUCAUGGAUUCACAGAUAGGAUCAACCAGAAAAGUAGAUGAGAAGUGUCUGAUGGCGUCAUCAUCUAGACUGAGUCAACCUUCGAUGUAUGUGGGCAAAAUCUUAACAAAACCUCCCAGAAGAAUAAAGCCGGAGUCCAACAAACCAACCAAUGCAAAGGAGGAACAUGAAGAAGCUGCUACUGCUAAACUAGUAAGAGGUCCUUCUCCAACUCAUCGAUUCAGAAUACAAUUAAGUGGAAAAGGAUUGACAUCUACUGCAAAAGAUGUUUCGAAUGCUGGAUCUAAACAACAAGAAAGGAUGGAUGAAGACGAUUCAUCUAUUUUUCAUCCCCUGACUUGUGACAAAUCAAAUGAUUUGAAUUCCAGAGUUAAGAGGUCUAGUCCUCUGAGAAGGCUGCUGCUUGACCCAUUACUGAACCCAAGGAGAAGCACUUCUUCUGAUCAUCAUCACUUCCCUCGUUUGAUGAAAGGUUGUAAAACAGUUGAAAUUGACAAUGAUACAAAACACAGACCUUUGAGAAAACAAGCUCUUUUCCAAGUGUCUAUGACAAGUGGAGUCCCUCUGUUUAAAUUUGCAGUGGAGAAUGAAGGAGGUGAGAUUUUAGUAGCCACAAUGCAGAAGAAGAAAAAGGACAGUUGGAUUUAUUCAAUCUGUAAUGUUUGUGAAAUGAAGAGAAAAGACAAAAGCAAUGGGUAUAUAUCUAGUGUUAUUGCUCAAAUGAAGGUUUCUGAUGAUGUUCCCUUCUCUGGCUGCCACUCAAAAACUGUUAGGGAAUUUGUUUUGUUUCCUGCAGAAGAGAUGAAAGAGUCAGGUCAGCCAACAAAUGAGCUCGCAGCAAUCAUUGCUAGUGGCAAGGAAGAAGACAUUAGGAAGCUGACUGUUAUUCUUCCAGGUGGUAAUCAUGGAUUACCAGGGAAAGGCUGUGAACCUUCUCCACUUAUUGAACGAUGGAAGUCAGGAGGGUCAUGUGACUGUGGGGGUUGGGAUUUGGGCUGCAAGCUAACAGUUCUUGCUGCUAAUCGUAGCGAAGUGGUGACCAGAGGAUCAUUUAAUUCAGCUAUCAUUCAUUCAACUCCUGGACGGUUUGAGCUUUUUCAUCAGGGAGAAGAUGUAGAACAGAAGAAGCCAGUUUUUAGCUUCAGUGCUUUCAAGGAAGGUAUCUUUUCCGUUGAGUACAGCUCAUCUCUAGCCCGCUUACAAGCAUUCUCUAUUUGCAUAGCAAUUCUGGAAAACCUUGCUCAAUGCGUGAAGGAUGAGUCAAUUUCUCAAGGCAACAUGAACAAGUGAGUAUAUUUCAAUUUCACCAAAAACGCCAUCUGUUGGGAGAGAGUAGCUUGAAUUGUAACAACUAGAUGUCUAGAUGAAUCAGAAUCAAGAUUAUUGUACAUAUAUAUGCCCUUUUUGUAACCAUCUCCCAACUGCCGAAUUUCUUCAACCAAUGAAAUGAAGAAUUCAGAUGGCUGAAAAUAAAGAAAUGUAGAAAGGUGUUUUUAUAAGAGCUCCAUCAUUUCCUAUGCAUAUGGGUUUUGACUUCUGUUGGCGUGUGUAGUCAUGUAGAUACCCCAUAGCCGUGUGUCUUGUUAUUCUGAGAUUAAGUUUUGUGUUUGUACACUGGGUUUAGCUUCUACAAUCAAGCCGCUUUCACCAUUUCCUUUGCAUUUGAACGAUUGCAAAUUUGCAAUCACUCUUGAUAAAUGUUGCUAUGCUUGAAUGAAUUGUG